CUCUCUCGAAUUCGCAUUCCCGGGAUUCGUGUACGCUCUCGUAACUACCUCUGCUCUUCUCGCACCCCCGUCUCGAAACCAUGAGUAAGGUCCACGGAUCCCUCGCCCGUGCGGGGAAGGUCAGAGGGCAAACCCCGAAAGUGCAAAAGCAGGAUAAGAAGAAGCAGCCUAAGGGCCGUGCUCACAAACGUAUCCAGUACAACCGCAGAUUCGUCACUGCUGUUGUUGGCUUCGGCAAGAAGCGUGGUCCCAACUCUUCCGAGAAGUAGAUGACCUUUUUUCGUGUGGAGGUCUGCGAAUCCCGCUGCAUCUGGCCUGGGAUGGCGAUGUGCCUUCAAAGCUCCUGGGCCUCAACUCGCCUUAUCGAGAAACUGCUGCAAAGCAGUCGAUGAACUUGUUGACGAGGGGAGCUGGAGCCAUGUCGCUGUUGUUUUCCGGGCUGCUUGAUAUGGCUUUGUACUCUCCAUUAAUUAAUUUCAGGCUUUGAGAAAUCCUUUCGGCGUAGUCACCGGCCCCUAUCCCACAGUGAUGAGAAUUCUGAGUCUAUUGCCCAAAGUUCUUUCCAACUGUUCAUGGUACAAAUCCACGUCUUAAUGUGACCGCACCACUCUUGAACUUUUCAUUUUCGAAUAAACAUCUAUUGAGCGCCAGAUUUGGAUGUUUUCAUUCAACAUUUAUGUACUAAAUGCCCCAGACCAGCUUUAUGUAGUUCGGGAUGAUUUAAGAUC